GGCGGGGGGGGUGAAGGCGGCGGCGGCGGCGCUGCCCGGCAUCGCCCCCUCGGGGCUGCCCCCGCCGCACCCCGCUUUCCCUCAAAGUUUAGGGCGGGAGGUAGAGGGGGUGUGAGGGGAAAGAGCGGAGCCAAGUUGUCCCGGAGCCCUUUAUUCAGCGCCGGAGCCGCUGUCUCCCAACCCCCGCGUGUUUUUUGCUGAUUAAAAGACACGGACCUCGGUCCUGCCACCACCGGCGGGUGGCCGCCUGGCCGCCCCGCUCCUUCCUGCCCGCACCAUGGAGUUCACGCAGAGGAAGAGAAGCAGGAAAUCCCAAAGCUUUAAACUGAUCAACGAAGAUUACCACCCUGAGAUAUAUAAGAUCUCUGACUACAGCAAUGAUGUUAAUGGGGAGACCAAAGAAACACAACCAUUUUUUUUAGGAGAUGAAAGCCGGGAAAUUAAAAAACAAAUUACAGGGAUGAGAAGAUUACUGAAUGACAGCACUGGAAGAAUCUAUCAACGAGUUGGCAAAGAAGGAGAAAAACUAAAGGAGGAGCCCCAAGAUUUAGACUUAGCCUGGGCCCAGCGCCUGAAUCCCCCUGCAGAGUCCCAGGCGAGCCUUCAUCCUUCACAGAGCGGUGCAUGGAAUGAAUUAUCACCCCAAGCCAGCCAUUUUUCAGGGCAAUACGGAACUCGAUCCAAAACGUUCCAAAAUCAGACACGAACCGUGGCAUCCAAUGGAGAAAUCCCAAUGAUGAAUUCAUCAAUUGGACCAAACUGCUGUACAUGUAAUUGCCAGUCAACCCUGCAGGCUAUCCUUCAGGAGCUCAAGACCAUGCGAAAAUUGAUUCAGAUUCAAGCAGUUGGGACUCAAAACAGACAGCAGCCUCCUGCUCCUCUGAUUUGUGCACAGAAGUCAACAAUAUCAAGAAAGAGAAAUAAAAAGAAAAAACUGCCCCUCAAAACUGUUGAACCAAUUACCAUGAAUAAGAAACCCAACCCUGCAGAGAACGAAAAGAAACUAUCAACAAACUCAGAACGAUCGAGUCUACAAGCAGUUGAAACCCCCUUAAAACCAGAAACCCCUGUUUCAGGAUUUGGCAUUAUCCUUGAAUCAGCUUCAUCAGAUCCAGAAGUGCAACUUGCAGAAGGCUUUGACGUCUUCAUGCCGAAAUCUCAGCUGGACUCUAUAUUAUCAAACUAUACUCGCUCAGGAAGUCUGCUCUUUAGGAAGCUGGUCUGUGCAUUUUUUGAUGACAAGACUUUGGCUAACUCUUUACCAAACGGCAAAAGGAAAAGAGGGCUCAAUGACAACCGGAAAGGACUAGACCAAAAUAUUGUGGGUGCAAUAAAAGCAGAGAUGCAAAGAACUCUUGAAAACAUAAUGACAGUGUAACUGAUCAUCUUCAGCCAAAACUCUGAGGCUUGCACUGCAUCUGAUUGUGUCUGCUCUGUAAAUAGUUGAGCUGUUGAUGGCUGGAUUGGGGAGAGAUGGAGGAAGAUAACACUGGGACUGAGAUGAGUUUGAUGCUUAUAAGAAUGGUGGUGGUCCUUCUCUUGUAGAAGCAGAUUUCCUAAGUCAGUGUGAGGACCCUGUGCUGGGUGGCGUUCUUAGCAGUCAGAGUUUCUCACUGCCAGAAAAACACAUGUACCUUCAAACUCUCCGAUCACAACAUACAAAGAACUAGUAUUAGGCCAAAGGUUCUGAACUGGAUUCUGUUGUUGAAAUCUGAGAUAGAUAGCAGGGAAAAUACCCAAGUUAUCAAAAGACAGGCUGUGACUUGCCCUGACAUACAGAUUACCAAUUUAGGAUUGCCUUAGCAAUGAGAAGAUCUUUAGUAAGUCAAUUGACAGCUAAAGGAGGCAACGAACCUUUUGUAACCACCUCUGUGGCCCCGUCUCACCAUGCAAGAAAGACACUGAUGUACUGGCUUGAGUCCAGUGGAGAGCCACCAAGACUUAUGGUAUUGAAGCAGCUAAGUCAUGAAGUACUUACCUAUGUGAAGUGUGAGGAAAGGCAGAGGGAACUGGAAGAGAUGAUGAUUCAGGAGGAAUUUUACAGCUGUCCAAAACUACCUAAAGAAGAUGAUAGAUCGUGUAGAGAAGAUGGAGUCAGACUCUUCUCAGAGGCACAAGAAGCAUUGGACACAUGGAAAUUUUCCACAUGAUACGAGGAAAAGCUUUUUCAGCAUAAGGGUGGUUGAACAGGGCUGCAGGAUCUCCAUCCUUGGAAAUAUUCCAAGUCCAGAGCAUCAUGAUCUAGUUGGCCACACUCUGAGCAGCAGGCUGGACAUGGAGACCACCAGACAAUCCUGUCAAUUUGUGCAGUUGUGUGAUAAAGUCUAUAUUGUGGCUAUGUCAUAGUCCUAACACAGAGUUGCUGACAGACUUUCUUACAGUUAUCAUUAGGUUUAAAUCACAAACACUUUCUUAUACUUUCCUUUCUUGAGCUCAGUAAUCUUCAGAAAUCUGAAGGUGAAUUUCCUCUGUCUGUAUCUCAUUCUUCCUUAAAAGCUUUCAUAAAUAAGUUAAAUGGAAGGAAAAGGAGUUCAAAAUUACUUAGGAAAAAAACCCCAACAAACUCUAAUUUGAGCAGUACUGUGAUAAAAGCAAUGUUUUUCAGUAGAUGCAGCAGCACUAUUAAAAUAGCAUCAUCACCCACUGCGGACAUCAAUGUUUCUCAGGAGCUAAGCUUUUAAUGGAGCAAGUUCUGAGGCUUGGUUUAACCUCUUCCCUUGAGUUUGGGAGAAGAAAGGGGGGAGUUAUAGUUCCAACAGAUAAAUUUCAUCUCUGAUGGUACUACUGGGUACCACUUUAGUAACAGUGAUCCUUAUUGGUAUUUACAGUAUUGCCCAAGUGCUAGUGCCUGAUUCCUGACAGGAGAGCUCAUCCCUGCAAUCUGUGAUGGAAUAAGAUGCCAAGGGCUGAUGUCCUGUGGGUCUCUCCUCAGCCUGGUUCCAAUAGAACCCAUUUUCCCUCACAAGAGCUGGGCUAUAGGACACUGUGGUUUCAUUUAUUCCAAUAAAUAACUGAGCCAGUAUGAAAUCUCCACAAGAACAACAUUAUCUUGUUUACAUUAUUAUCAUUAGGACAUUCCUCUACCACGUGCCCAGAUCUCUUUUAGUGGCACUUUAAGUCCUUUUCCGUGACAGCAAUACAAAAGGCUAUAUUCAUGCCAAAACCUAGCAGAGAACUUAAAGGAGAGAUCUGUUUGCUUGGACAUCACUCUUCCUGUCUGAAAACAUUUUAACUGCUGUCCUUACAAGUAAUUUAAGGCUCCUGCAACAGGAUGAUUAGCCAGGGAGAAAUCCUCUUCUGACCUUGGGGAUGCAGUGGCACCUGUUGAAUCAGUUGCAGUGUUUCUCCCAGGCAGUCAGGUCCCCUUGUGAGUUGCAUCAGUCUU